UCAAGUUCAUGGUAAACAAUGUCUUAGUUCAAACUUCAAACCUUCUAAGGACAUACCGCAGCAUUGAGUGCUGUGGCAUCAAUCUUUAACUGCUGUAAUUUCUGAACCCUGUCCAACUCAAAGGCCUGGACCUUGAUGACAUGAAGGCCGAAGAAACCAUAGGUUGAGAAGUCAAUUUCAACACUUUAAUAUGCCUCUCGGUCCAAAGAAUAGAAAACUUUAAUUUGCAAAUACCCAGAAUUUUGUUUGUUCUUCCACCAACAAUUAAAAUUUAAAAAACAAAAAAAAAAACAAGUAAUAGUACUAAAAAAUAUAAAAAAAACCUCUCCAAAUUCCGAAGUUAUCUUUUUCACCCUCCAGGUCACCUACAUGUAAAGAUAGCCCACAUGCUUCCCUCUUUCUGUCUGUCUCUCACUCUCUCUCUCUCUCUCUCUCUCUGUGUCUUUCUUUGUCUCGCAAAGCCCCAAACCUAACCAGUUUAAGUACUCCAAGAAGCUUUUGAUUCUGGUGUAAAAACCUUAAGUACUGCCAUAACUUUAACACUACCAAGGCUCCUUCUCUAUCUCAUGAAUGGCUAUGUGAUGAGUUGAGUAAGAGAUAAAACCUCUUUCUUUGCUUUCUUUUUUUUCAUUGCUGAAAAAAUGGGAGAGGAAGAAAGCUACUUCUACAGUUGGCCACCGGUAGGAGCUCCAUUGAAUGCACAAAGGGAGGACCAGUGGAGACACUUUGACAACUCUGUCAAUGCGGUGUCCUUUGGCUUUGUUGCUACUGCCAUUCUCAUCUCCAUGUUCUUAGUCAUGGCCAUCUUUGAGCGCUUUCUUAGACCCAACUCUUCCCCCGGUGGCCGUAACCAUGGUGACCUUGAAUCUCAGCUUAGUUUCAAUGGCAAGCUCAGCCACCCAUCACCAAAAAUGACAAUAUACACCAAUGGAGUUUCAGUAUUAAUGCCUGGGGAUGAGAUUCCCACCUUCAUUGCACACCCAGCUCCUGUUGCAUAUGCCUCCGAACGCCCAUCAUUGCCUUGGCAUCAACCCAACUCAUCAGUCAAUCCUGCAUCAAACUCCAUAAACAUUAAUGCAAGUUCAGUAGGAGAAAAUCAAAGUUGAGAAAUCCCACUGCACAUGCUGCUACACCGAACAAUGAUUAAGAUUACUCUUUGGCUGGAGGUUUUCUAUGAACAGGCAAGACUGUCUAGUCUGGAUCAGAGUUGCCCUUUUUUUUUUUUUUUGGCUUCUUGGCCAUAACAUCGAAAUAUUGUGUAUAUAGAGAUAGUUUUUAGUUGGCUGGCUGGCUUUGGCCUACUCAAAUUGCCUUGCUGUCAAUUUCCACCAUUUCAUGUUUAAAAUUUUUCGAGGUAGUGACUUGGAUCCUGAAGAUGGUUUGGAUUGCCCAUCAAAUGGAUAAUUUUACGUGUAAAAAUUUGAGGUACAUUAUAUAAUUGUUGUUUGAGAGUAUGGGAAGAAGCUUCAACGGCAGCUUGUUACAGAUGGGAGUAAUUAAUAUAAAACAGUGAAUUUGGACCUCCGUUUCCACUAGAAUUUUUGGUGUUGAAAACAAGACAUGAUGAUCCAUUUAGGGCAGAUUCUGUCGAAGUAAUUUCACUGCCAUGGAGUAUUCUCAACUUGAGUUGACGAAUGUUUGUUGCUUGAGUUAUCUGAUAAGAUUUUGCCCCUUUUACCUUUCUCUCUAAGCCGUUAACCGACUUUGUUGUGAGAGUUGACAAUAAGGAAGGACAUUUGUGCCCAAUUGUAUGGCAAUUUAUCUG